AUGGGUGUUUCUUGUCGAAGUUUUUUCCAUUUAUUACAUGAAAAUGUUAUAGAUGAUUUAAAAUGGUGCGAAUCAAAGCAGAGUGGCGGUAAUGAAGCUGAUUUAACGUCAAGAAUGUCGAAACCACGUCAAUUUCAUAAUAAACAUAUUGUGCUGAAAUAUGACGAUGUUAUACAUAAAGGACGAAGUCGUCAUACGGUUUUAAGAAAACAAGGACACUGA